AUGGCGCCGACCAGGAAGGCCACCGCUUCGCGACGCCAGCAACGCAUCGUCACCGCUGUGACCGCCAAACCCUCCGCGAAGUUCUCCCAACCGAAGCAGACGGUGAAAGCCCUCGCGUCGCUCGCGUUGUUGCCCGCCCAAGCUGCGUUCGCUACGUCGUACGUUGAUCCAAAUUUCGUGGAGGUUGCGCAGCUCGCAGGCGUUCCUACGCCCCUGCUGUACUUCGGAUUUUUGGCGUCUUCCCUGGCAUUCGCUGCGGGCACGUAUGUUGUGUUGAGCAAGAUUAAACUUAUUUGA